AUGAAGCCAAAACCUACCGAUCCCAUCAUGGAUCUAGCCGGCACACACGCGAACCUUCCUCCCCCUCCUUCUCCUUCCUUCUCCGCCCUUCCCACCGAGAUCCUCCUCUUGAUUGUCGAGCAGCUCCACCUCGACGCCAAGGGGCCAGAUGACCAGCCUCCUACCAGGUCGAUGAGCGAACGGAACAACAGUUAUAAUACCCCCAUGAACGAGGCAAUCAAUGCUUUGGCCGGACUUUCUCGUACUUGUCGUCGCCUCAACGAGAUCGUCAAACCCUUCCUUUACGAGGAGCCGUUUCUGCUUCAAGGGAAUUGCCUCAACAGAGAUAUUCAGGGGGUGUACAGUUUUAUUCGUAUACUUGCCGAAGAGAACGGGCUCGCUGACCUGGUUCGGGUUUAUCGAGCUCCUCAAACCAAAGUUGAGAACACCAAAGUUGAGGACAGUUUGAGAACGUUCUUGGAUCGCUGUGAUCUUGAGCGGUACCCUUUGUCCAUGUCGGCGCAAGAACUGCAGUCGUACUCGACGCUGAUGAACUUGAUCAACAAGUACAUCCCAUUCUUGAGCAAGAUGGCACACAAGGACUCGUGGUUCUUGGACGUCUUGAACGUGUUGACCGACCUCAUCCCGGUGGUGAUGGUCUGUCACUGCCGCAACCUAAGACGGCUCGAUCACUUGACUAUCUUUCGCAAGCAGCAAUUCUUGUGGAGGGAUACGGUCCCCAAGUCUGUUGCGUUUCCAAACUUGGAAGCCGCGAACUUGGAAGCAUCAACAUAUGUGCCACCUCGGAGCCUGAGAGAGGUUGAACUGUUCAUAUAUUUACUUACUCCAAUCGAGGAGGUUGUCUCCUUCGUCAAUCGCGCCCCCAACCUCCGACACUUGACCCUCACAGCAUUUUCGAGCAGUGACAAGGCAACAGUUUCCAUUCAUCCACUAGAGAACCUCAGCUCACUGGAGCUUCAUUAUUGCGCUUUCUUGAGGCCAGGGGAUCUACUCAAGAUUAUCAGGGCUUGCCCCAGGUUGGAACGCUUCGUGUUUACAUCUGAAGCCAGCCCAACAAUCGGGAGAGCGAGGCCGUUCGACUUCCCCUUUCUUGGCCCCGCGCGGAUCCUGUUCACUUUGAGACCUGUUUCACAGCAACUCAAAGCAUUGUCCAUAGAGUAUGUGCCACUGAUCGACACCCUCUUCAAUAAUGAACCAAACAACAUGGGCGUUAACGACUACCUCAUUCAGACUAUUGGUUAUUUCCCAAACCUCAAGGUCUUGCGGAUCUGUCACAGUGCCUUACAGCGGGCACCAGAACGAUUUAUCAAAGAACAGUUUGUCAGACUGGUCAAAGGAUGUCCACGUCUGGAGUCGCUGGACAUCACGCAAAUCGACAUCAGAGAGGUUCAGCUCCGGCCACAACUAGAAGGUCUGACAGCAGCCGUGGCCAGUAGGGAUACUACGCCAUGGUUGAAAGGGAUCAGGGUAGGCCUAGACAAUUCAGAUUGGAAUCCUGGACCAUGGACAAGGCACAACUUCUAUCCGUAUCUAAGCGAUCUGUUCGCAAAAGACCACCUCGACACUUAUUCGACAAACGGGCAUAAAGCUUCUGAUUGA